UCCGUACUCGGCUUAGGUUAGCUUGAGGAUGGAGGAGAUAGAGCUUCUUCCACCAGAAGUUUGGGUCUACGUAUUCAGCUACCUGACCACAGAAGAAAAACACACGGUCCGCUUUUGCUGCAAGUACCUCAAAAGUCUCGUCGACCACCCGUCCCUAUGGAGAGACUACAUCGUGGUGCUGUCCGACCUGCGACGCUACACGUACGGCUUCUGGGAUACACUAAACUAUCGCAGUCUCACCCGAAUCACGGUGCGACACUUACGGCGCAAAGAGUGGCGACGUCUCGUGAAGUUCCUACCGUCGCUCACCACCAUUGUCUUUGUGGAUGGAGGGCGGCAGUAUAAAGAGAAAUACUUAGACGCCCUGUCUAGGUUCCCUAACCUAAGGGGUCUCGGGGUGCGAAACGCUAUCUGGGAAGAACCGGUGCUGGGGCAGAAUCUGACCGGGCAGCUGCAGGAGCGGCUGACUCAGUUAAGUGUGUGCAACGUUCGUCUGCCCGACACGGUGCAGUUCAUCAACAGCGUGUCGCGCCUGGUCAACCUGCGCUACUUGCUCUUCCACCAGCAGGGAGAGGGCUACGGGCUGGAUACGGUGAGGCCGGUGCCCUGCACCAUUUUCCAUAACCUGCUUCUGAACCUGAAGAAGCUCAAACACCUAUCCUGGGGGAUGAAAGGGGAGCCGCCGGAGCCGCUACCCGACGAUUACUUCAGCCCCGCGGACCCGGACCAACCAGUGUACUGUUAUGGUGGUCCUGCGCUGAUCUCUCUGGAGCUGGUGGAUUACCCAGAAACCACCCUGUCAGAGAACGCACUAAGGAGCCUGACCUCACUUGAGUCGCUGUCUGUCAGGUACAGGUACAUCAGAGAGGGCAUCGAGUGUCGCCUGCGAUCCUGGCUCAGUCCUCUGAAUCGGUUAAAAUCUCUCACUAUCAUUGGUGGGAAUUCUCUAACCACAUAUACCACCACCAUCCCGCCCAGUGUGAACAGGUUGACAAUGCGAGUGGCUAUAACUCUGAAAGAUAUGGACUCUAUCGCGCCUAAAGUCCCGGGACUGGAGCACCUUGACAUUGAGCAGAACCGCUCCAGCGGCAGUCUCUGCAGACGGAUCCCUAUGUUGUUCCCUCAACUGAAGACACUCAGGAUACGAUUUUUCCGCCGGGAACCAGAGAAAGACCUGCUGUGCCUCCACAAGCUACGACACCUGGUGCGGCUGGAGCUGGUCGUGGAGCGCUCAUUCAUCCUAAGAGAUUACCUCAACGGUCACCCCUGGCCAAGCCCAUCGGUGCAGGGGCUGAUCAGUGAGCUGCAGGAGUUGUCCGAGAAUAGGAUCACGGUCAUAACCACAAUGCGGCAAAGGCACGCUCUGCGUGAAUGUGACUGUGUGUGGGAAGGAGAUUGAACAGGUGGGAGGCAGGAAUCUGGGAAAUAAGUAAUUUUUUCUUCCCUAAAGCAUUGCACCCGAAAAUCACUAAAGAAAAAUGAUCAGUGUCUAAAAGACCUGAGGUAAGAGCCACCUGUUGUCUGAAGGAAAAAGUAUAAAGACAGCCAUGGAUGAGGUGAACUGAAGGUCUUCUCAAUCAUAAAGAUAAAUAAUGGGCCAAAAUGGGAUACAUUUUGGACAAUGAACAGAAGACCAGAGCAGCUGUUACAUCCGGUUAUGUGUGGCUGGUUUGCAAAAUAGUACAGUAUACAAACAAAUCCACAGACAUAACCUUAUGAAGGCACAAAGUCACCAACACAUUAAAAUGCAACAUUUGCAGGAGAGAUCACGAAAAGUCAGAUGUGUCAGUUUAUUCCAGUUCCCACAGGGAUUCAGUCACAUGACUUUUGUGUAAGAUCUGGCAGUACUGCUUACUAUAAAUUAAAAUGGAAGAAAGUAGCAACAGAUCACUGAGAAGUUAGUUUAAGAGUUUUUCAAGAAUCAGCCAAUAUUGCCCCAUGAGCGGAAAAACAGGAGGAUAUACCGUAUUUUUCGGACUAUACGUCGCUCCGGAGUAUAGGUCGCACCAGCCAAAAAAUGCAUAAUAAAGAAGAAAAAAACAUAUAUAGGUCGCACUGGACUAUAAGUCGCAC